AUGGCCCCUGCGAGAGCAUCAACCGAUGAGGGCAACAACGAGAAACCACCCACGAGCCCUCGGAAGGCCUCUGCAGCAGCAAACAAGACCCCUCCUGCCCCGAAGCGACCUGGCAACAAUGGCGUCGCCACACCUGCCAACCGCAAGACGUCCGCCGGACAAACCCCCAAGACUGCUCCAGCCGCAGCCGGCGGCCCCGGCGCUGGGGCUCGGAAAUCACCAACGAAGAAGUCCGUCGAGCCCAGCCUGCUGGGUGAUUUCCUCCUCGGCCGACCAUCACCAGCGCGCCAGGCGGCUGCCCGCCGGAAAAGCGUCGGUACCGCAGCGGUGAGGCAGGAACUGCGGCAGCAGAUGCGUCAAGACGCUGUGCGCAGGGUGCAGAGGCCUGGCGGGGUGCAGUCUCGCGUGAAGCAGUGGCAGGCGAACAAUGCUGCAGCCAUGGCGACGGGCAACCCGGAGGACGCUGCCAGCGAGCCCACCGAGGUCGCCGUGCAGGUCGACGAGGAGAGCGUCACAGAGGAGGACCGCGUGCGCAUCAAGUUUAGGGAAAAGUCGAGGCGGAAAUCUACAGGCACGCCCAAGACAUCACCUCCACCUCCAGAGAAGAGCUUCGACACGACAAAGGACGACGCACCCAAGGAGCCCACGCCCGCCGCCGAGCGUCCCAAAGCUCCGCCCAAAAAGAGAAUCGUUAGUGACGACAACUGGAUGAAGCGGAAUAAGGGCAAUAUGCCUCCCAAGGCAACUGCCGGGCCGGGCGCCAGGAUCAGCCCAAGUUUUCCAAAAUUGAACAAGCCAUCGAUCACGCAGAACAGGGUCAAGGACUGGGCAAUGAAAGUCGAGGUUCCUGCGUCUCCGGCGCCGCCCAAGAUACCAGACAAUCCCAAACCGGCUCGCGAAUACGCCACCAGAUGUGGAGCCACCAUCACAGUGGAGGAGGACGGCUCGACUGUGAAAAAUGGGCGUGGUCCAGAGCUCAUCACAGUAGAAGAGGAUGGGAAGAGCAGCGCACGCACUUGGGCAACCGGUAGUAGUCGCUCUGGGGACGAUGGCAUUCGGGUGAAGGCUGUGCGGACGGCGAGUCCACACGUGAGCGGCGACGAGAGGUUGAACAUCAAACCUACUCGCAGGAACAAGGAACCCGUACGCGUGGACGAUGGAAUUCGUGUCCAGCCGAUCAAGACCUCGCCACUGCCUGAUGACGGGAUCCGAGUCCGCCCCGUGCCGGACUCUGAGCCUCGUCGUGUUCCAAGGAAGACGUCCAGGGACAAGACGGCUCACGCGCCCGGUGCAGACCGCGAGCGGACGCCCACUGGGAGGGACGGCAUGAACAGCGAGGAUGCGGCAACAGACACUCCUACUAGGAAGUCCAAGUCCCGAGGACCUACGCGAACGAUGCGUCGCGCCACGGCGCCGGCCCCAACGGCCACCGAGACGUCCAUCACCUACUCGGAUGGCGAGGGCUCAUGGACCAGCCACGAGUCGGACUCCCGAUACGAAUCUGACAAGCCGUCCAGCGCACCGGAGAAGUCACUCGCAGACAUCCCCUUCGGCAACUCAGCCUUCAGCGAGCUUGAUCUGCCACUGGGCGCAGACCACCACCAUUUCAAGCGGCCCAAGCUUCAGAAGAACACCAGCAGCUUCAAGGCGGUGCCCAAUGCAUUCAAGAAGAUCAUGACGGGCGCCAAGGAGAUCGUUCACGAGAAAGUCGACCCACCCAAGCCUGUUGUGAACCAGCCACCAAGUAUCGAAAAGUGGCUGAAUGGGACGGUCGACCCCUUUGUCGAGAAACCAGCCCCGAAGGGGACGUCGGUCGAGAAAGACUGGGAGAAGGAUGUUCGCAGGCGCGCAUCGGCCGAGAUCGCGCAAAAAACAGCAGCCACUCCGACGGAUCCAACUGAGCCUUCUCCGCGCGUCAGUAAGGAAGAAGACAAAGAACAACCUUUGCAGAGUGAGGCGCAGAGGAAACCCUCCGAGCCGGUCAGCCAGACACCGAUAGGGCUCAAGAGGAGCAAGGCGACCAAAAUCAAUUCCUUCAAGCAGCCCUCGGCGAAGACGCCCCUCCGCGAGACCCUCAACAACCUCUUCAGAGGAGAGUCCAGCGGACACAAAAUCCCUACCAAGGCUUAUUCCAGCUACCAGGACACGGACACGGAGUCGGAGUCGAGCUACACGGACUAUGUGGAGCAGAACGACCAGGGAGACCCUCAUGUCCGCUCAGUUGAUCCACCAAGACGAUCGCCCUCGCCAGAAUCUUCCUAUGUUUCUACUGAUGUGAGCAGUAAUACCGAGGGGCCAUACAUGACAUCGGCCAUCCCUAGACACCGGCCACCACCGACAAACGGGCAAUACGAACUAUCAACAAUCGUCUCGGAGGGGUCGGAGAGCACCGUCGGGUCGGAAACAAUGACAGUCCUCUCAGAAUCCACCGUGACACAGACGACGGCACUUACUAGGUCCAGUGCUAUCUCACGGAGAAACAGGGGGCCUGGGCUCAAGCGUCGCCUGACCAAACACUCCGAUCUCGUCUCUGUCCUGUCUCUUCCGGACCAAGAUGGCCCUGUGCGAGCCAGCAGCAUCAAGUCGACCAGUAGUCUUCGGCGGAGGACCAGCAAUCUGGAGAGGGUCACGGCGGAAGAUCUGUUGAAGGAAUUCUCCAUCGACGAGGACCUCUACCGGAGGGAGCUCAAGACCCUGGUGGACGGCGCGAUCCCCGUGCUGCUGAAAAGGGCAGUCCACGGCGAGGGGGGCUCGGCGGCGGAUCUGUUCUCCGCCUCGUCAGAUGGGCGAGGAGACAGCCUCGGCAGGGCUGUGGUCAACAUGGGCGUCGCCCUGGAAAAGCUCAAGGCCCUGCACAAGUGGGCGCCUCUCAACGAUGUGGACAGGAUCCUCACCUGGGUCUUUACGGCAUACCCGGUCUAUGACAAGUACCUGGAUGCAUGGCGGCUGGGCUUUGAAGGUAUCAUCGUAAACCUUGCACCGGCUUCGGGAAGGAUGGACGACGAGGACUCCUUGAUCAAUGCGAUGCCUCGCAACGCGGCUGGGGAUGUCGUGGACACCGAGGGCCAGCCCGUCGAUCUCCAGCGCCUCUUGACGAGACCACUGGCACGGGUUAGAGGGCUCCUGAAGCUUCUGCGUGGCGCACGCGCCAUCGGCAUCAAGCAUCCAGAACUUGCGCUGGUGAUCGACGACUUCACGACCCUCCAAGAGAAGGCCCGCAGACGGUACCGGGAAGAAGUUGCUCGCAAGACAGACGAAGACGCCAGCAACACAGACACCAGCCGUUGCUCCGAUCUGCGAAACCUGAAGCCCAUGGAAGGGGUACUCAUCGACCCGACUCGACAGGUCAACGCCAAAGACUUCUUCUCCAUGGACAUCUGCCAUUCCAACGGGCAGAGGCUCGAAUGUCAGGUCGAGCUCAUCUACCGGGACAAGCCAAAGGACCCUACGGACAGAGGCGAUGUCCUUAUUCGAGAUACUGGACAUGCUCGCUUUUCCCUCCUGUUCCCUCCCAUCCCCAAGUCGGCCAUUUCCGCCCGCAGGGGUGACUAUCCUGGUGCCCUUGUCCUCAUGGUCCGUGGCAGGCACAAUGGCAAGGAGUGGUACGAGCUGCUGACGCUGACGACCGAUCUCGAGGAGCAAGUCCUGGACUGGCUAGACAUGCUCGGGACGACACCAGUGCCGCCGCAGAUGACCCACAGUACCAUGAAGGACGGUUCGGCUGCGUCCUCUUCACCUCGUCAAGAAUCCGAUGUACCCCUGGGUGAGCGGACGGGACCAGCCAACGCAGCGGAGGAGCCACGUGCAUCCAGCACACCGAGCCGCUACCAUGUGCGGCAUGCAAGCACACCGUCUACCCCAAGGACGCCGCCAGCGGAUGCGUCUUCGUUUGAGCACAGCCCCAAGCCAUUCCGCGAGGACGGUGCACCACCGCCCCCUGUGCACCGCACUCUAUCCACGGGCAAGCCGGCGCCUCUCAGCCCUCCAGUCGAGCUGGCCCCUGCAGCUCGCAUCAGACGACGUGGGUCUUCGCCGCUGAAGCAUGAGUAUCGACCCUCGGACGUCUCUUCUGACUCCUCCGAGUCGGACAGCGACUCCGCCUCCGAUGUCGAGUCGUCGGGCGAUGAGCUGGACGAGGCUGAUGUGCCCGACACACAGCCUGCUAUCAGCAUCAAGGAAACGUCCGCCAUAUCAGGCAUAGAGUCGGUUGUGUCCGAUAACAGCAUCACCCCGUCCCAUUCAGCUUCCCAGGUUGGUCUCUAUGGCCGGCUGGGUCCUGGAGGCGCAAAGGACCCGGAGUACACCGUCAAGGCAAUCGCCGCCAUCUCGUACUGGUCCGACAAGAAGGGGCAGUGGGGAGACGCAUGGCACGAAGCAUGCUCGAUUGUCGUCACUCCAGGCCUGAUCGAGGCGUACCCUCUGUCCAUGCACCCUGUCUCCGGCACGGGAGCCCUGAACUCAUCAGGAUCGUCCGAGUUUGGCGGCGAUGCAGACCUCUCCCGUAUGCAGCCGCUGAUUGCUCUCGAGCUCACGCCCAUCGUCAUGAUCCGGCAGAGCACGGUUAUUGACCUCGAGGUCCGCUCUCCGGUCCGGCCUUACUGCAAGCUGGCCAAGAUUGACGGCAAGAUCUUCCGCUUCCGGGCGACAUCUACCAAGGAAGGGUCUACGCUCUACACCGCUGUCCACCAGGCUCGCCUCAACAAUGCUAAGUACAAGGCUCUUGAGGAAGAAGCCAGGUUCCGCUCGUUUGGGCAGCCGGAUGCGACCGCCCAGGACCCUGACGGUCAGUCGAGCAGCAGCCACCGCCGUAGCUGGUUUGGUAGGAGGAACAGCUACCGGGCCUCGACGCGCGCGCCGUCGCAGUCUGUGUCCCAGUCACAGGGCACAUCGUCCAGCUCAUCUGCGCCAUCGCUCUUCAAACGUCUCACGGGCAGCAGCAGCCCGUCGUUCAACAUUGACAAGUCCUCGGUGGAUCGGCGCAGCAUGAGCCGCCCCACCACAGCUGCCGCAUCGCUGUACACAAGCGGCUCAUCCUCUUCUGGCAACGUGACACCGCCGCGGUCGCCAUCCGUCUCCAUGACAGAGGCCAGCAGCGGCCGCACUGUUGUUCUCGGCAGCGACAACCUUAAGAUCCGUUGCCAUCUGCUUGUGACACCAACCAAGUGGGAAGACCACGGCAACUGCAACCUCCAGAUCACACGGCCGCCGCCGGGUAUGAGGCAGGAACUACGCAUCCGGCACGGGAUGGAGAAGCGUGUGAUCGUGACCAAGAUUCCCAAGAAGACGUUCCGAUUCGGCGAUGCUGACCCCGAGAAGACUAAGCCGAUCAUCGUUCUGGAUGUCGUGCUCGGGUCCAAGUGUUUCGGACGAUUAGGCGCACGUGGCAUCAUCUUGAACGUGUGGGAGGAUCUACGUGACGAGGAGAACAAGGUCGGCGUCGCGCCCAAGACGGGAAACCUGGCCGGCACGGUGAAGAAGUGGUGCUUCCAGUGCAGCAGUGCCACGGAGGCCAACUGGAUAUAUGGAUUGGUCGCACAGGAGGUCAAUAUCGGGCUGCAGUAACAAAAGCUUGAUCAUCUGAUGAUUGUUGGUUGCCUUGACCCCUUUGUCCCGCCUUCUUCCUCUCCAUUUUUUUUUAUCUCAUUUAUUUAUCUUCUUUGUAAAGUCCACUCUUGGGGGGGGGGUGUUUGUUUUUCCUUUCCCCUCUUCUUUUUUUCUUUCCCUUUUUGUGUAUCAAAUUUGGCCGGUGUUGGUGGACUUUUACGUGUUGGGGAUGGGGCCUUCGUGAAUCACACGCAUGGCGAGGUGUUGGAGGAUGGAUCUCUCACUCGUGUUCUUGUCAUAAUGCAUCAGGUUCCUUUUCAAGGACGACUGAGCGUGGGCAUGUUUGCAAAGGGGCUAGGGAACGGACCGGGAACGACAUGGUUUGGACCUGGAGCAAAGGAGCAAGCAGCAGGACAGGGCAUAAAAAAGGGACGAGCGAGGUUUGGCGUCUUUUCAACCUGUUUUCUUUUUUCUUUUGCCAC